CACAAUUUUGUAGAGGCCUUGCCUUGUGUAAGUCUAGAUUUAUCCUUAAGCAGUAUUUAGCAUUUUAAAAUACAUUUUAAACUCUAUUAUUGUUACUUUAAAAUUGUCCCUUGAAUAUUAUUUAGAUUUUUACUAGUUGGAACAUAUUAAAAAUGCCUGACAUUUUAAUAAAUGUUUAAUUAAAUAGUUAACAUUAUUUUCCAGAAAUGACCUAGAGUUACAACAAGGGAAGAAGAUCAAGUGCUUCUAAAAAUGAUGAAGUUCAAUUCAAUAGUUGUUUUGUUUUAAAAAUGUUAUUAUUGUUGACUGAGCAAAAAGUUGUUUUUUUUAUUUGCAUUGAUAGCAGGUAAUUUUAUAUGACACUUCAAUAUCUGUAUGCCCUCUACUGAAAGCUUGAUGAAUAUGUCCAUGACCAAAGACAGGUGUCUGGAAAAUAUUCUUUCACUUAAUCAAAUAAUGGCCCCUGAGUUUUGUUGACAGUCUAGGCAAAUGCAAUAAUUACUGGAAAUUGUCCUCAUUUCAUUCUGAAAUUGACAAAUCCUUUCUCUUCGCUCUAACUCUUGGUCAGGUUAAGAAAUGCAAACUUCUUCUUUUCUUGUUGUUGGCUGCAGUUAAUUCCCUCUUUGAUGCAAUUUUGUUUGAGAAUCUUUAACUAACUAAACAAAUAUAUGAAUCUAUCAAAAUAAAACAAACAAAUAUUUUUUUUUAUUUUAAGAAGUGCAUAAAUAAUUCCUUGCAAUAAUACAACUUUGUAUAAAAGAUAAACAUCCAAUCCACAGAAUCCACUUUUUCUCAUUUGAGAGGGUUUUUAUCAAAUAGGCUUAAACCACAUAAAAGGUUGCAUUUUUUUAAACUAUUUCAGAAGAUUUUGUGACGCACAUGAAACAAGGUCUUCCCUCAUGGCAUUAAAUUAAAUUCUUGCUAGAUUCAUACAUUUAAAAAAACUAUUUUACUAGUUGCAAAAUUCUAUAUGAUAAUAUAUUACCAAAUCAUACGCCAUAUUUGAAAAUGUAUCUUCAUAGUUCUCAUUAGCUGAAAAUGUAUGUGCAAUUGUUUUGUUAUAGAAUUGUCAGAAGUAGGAAUCAAGCGCAAAUUCAAAUUUCAAUGGUCGCAAACAGAGACCUAAUAAUUUUAAUUUUAGCCAAGGUUGGUUAGCCGUCCUAGAUCAAACUGUGAUAAGUAAAAACAUUUAAAAUAUUGAUAAAUUUAUCUUUAGGGUUAUGAAACAAAUGUUGGAAGCAAGGGGACACAACUUAGUGGUGGCCAGAAACAGAGAAUAGCAAUAGCAAGGGCACUUGUUAGAAAACCAAAAAUUUUAUUACUGGAUGAGGCAACAUCAGCAUUGGACAUCGAGAGUGAAAAGGUA